AUGCGGUUCAGCGCCUUCCUCACCCUCCUUCUUGUUGCCUUUGUGGCUAGCUGCUCCACCUUCGCCAGCGCCGAAAGCGUCGCUGAAGGACGUCGUCUUCGCGCUGAUGCGGCCCCUGUCCCCGUUAACAAAGACAAUGUCGCCAAGCUCGCAGGUGGAUUUCUGGAAAAGCUAAAGACGAACACCGCUCUGACAAAGGCUGCUAACACGAUCAAAAACAGUAACGCUGACGAGGCUGCUGUGAGGAAGGCAAUCACGACGUUCGCUGCCGCUAAGGAGAGUGCUAAGAUGAGCGACGAGGGUAUCGCCAAGAUUUCAGCGAUGAUGGCUGGCACUGUGCAGAAGAACCCCAAGUCGUGGCCGCGUCUCCGCAAGUUCGCCAAGGUUACGCUGGGUGCGACCGUUGCUGGUUUCGCGAUUUACGGUGCCUACAAGGCUCUGUUCGACCGCAAGUCUUCUACGGCUGCUACCACGACCACAACUACUGGCUCGGCGUAA